AUGUCUCUGUCCACAGAGCAGUUCCAGGUUUUGGGCCCUCGACACCCCAUCGUGGCAGUGCGGGGUGAGGAUGCCAUAUUGCCCUGCGCCCUAGUCCCAGCCAUGAAUGCAGAGAACAUGGAACUGAGGUGGUUCCGCUCCACAUUCUCACAGGCAGUGUUCAUCUACUGGAACCAACGGGAACAGACUGAAGAGCAGAUGGCUGAGUACAGAGGGCGAACCUCACUAGUGAGGGACUUCCUUUCUGAAGGGCAGGCUUCCAUUCGUAUCCACAAAGUCCAGGUUUCUGACAAUGGAAUGUACACCUGCUUCUUCAGACAUGGAGGCUUCUCUGAAGAGGCUGAUUUGGAACUGAAGGUGGCAGGGAUGGGCUCUGACCCUCAAGUACACAUAGAAGGGCCAGAAGAGGAUGGAGUGUGCGUGGUGUGCAAAGCCUCAGGAUGGUUCCCAAAGCCCCAGGUGCAGUGGAGAGACCUCAGUGGAAACAAGUUCCCAGCGCUUUCUGAGGCCCACACCCAAGACACUGAGGAGCUGUUUAGUGUGGAGGCCACUCUGGUGGUGAGAGACAGUUCUGUGGGGAAUGUGACCUGCUCUGUCYUCAACCCUGUCCUGGGCCAGAAGAAGGCCAUGGCUAUUUACAUCCCAGAGCCCUUCUUCCCUCAGGCUUCUCCCUGGAAGCCAGCAUUUGCUGUGAUCCUGACCAUGCUGGGGCUCCUACUCUUGGGGGCUAGCUAUUUAAGCACCAAAGAACAUUCCAGAAGGAUGCAGGUGAGGCAGGAAAAGGAGCAUCUGCGGCGGCUUAAGGAGGAGGAACAGCAGGCAAAGGAAGAGACACUGAAGGCCAUUGCCUGGAGGAAGGCCCACCUGUAUGCAGAUUGGCGGAAGGAACGGUUCCAAGCCUGGCCUGUCACUCUGGAUCCAGACUCUGCUCACCACAGGCUUUCUGUCUCUCAUGAAAAAAUGCGUCUGUUCUGGAAGGACCCCGAUGUGUACCAUGUCAAAAAAUGCAGUGUGUUGGGUCUUGAGGGCAUCACAUCAGGAAGAUGGUACUGGGAAGUGGAGAUAGAGAAUGAAUUACACAGCAAGUGGACUCUGGGUAUCUGUAGGAAAGAUAUGAAAGGAGAGUCUGUUGUUAUUAAUAACCAGCCCCUUUCAGCCAUCUGA